UCGGCCUGGGAUUGGGAGCACUCUGAUAAUAACUAUUCAAUUCAAACUAUUGUAGUCGAGAAAAUUAAGACAAUACCGUAAUACUGAAGGAUAAAAUAAAUAAUGCUAAUAGUAAAUUACAUGUAGGAAUACAUUAAAAUAUAAUGUGUUAGUGUUAAUCACCGUGCUGAUGGCGUAAAAAAUAGUAAAAUAUUACAUUGUGGAUGUUAGUGAAAGAAAGUUUGUGUAUAUAGCUGCAUUUUAUUGUGUGGCUUUUAUUGCAGUGCAGACUAAACUAUUGUAAACGGAACGCGCUAGAGAAAAUGUCAUGUACUAAAACAGUAUUGGACUAUUUAAACGAGGAUUGUUGGAAUCUUGUACUAGGUUAUGUGCCUUUGCAGGAUGUUAUUCGAACAGAGCGGACCUGCCGCCAAUGGCAAAAGAUGAUACUCGCCUAUUUGUCUCAUACUCGUAUUUGUGUAAAAGUAGAUUACAGAUUCCAGGAUGAUGAAGAGGUUACAGGGGUAGUUCAGAAUACUCAUUGUGUCAUUCUAAGAGAAAAAUAUAUGGCCUCAUUUGAGAGUUGGACAUUGAAAUUGGGAACAUCAGUAGUGGCUGGCUCUUGCUCUGAAAAAAGUUUAAAAGUCAUUGGAGAAAACUGCCCUAAUUUAGAAGGUGUUAUGUUUCUCAAUUUACCUGAAGAAAUGUUAUUGAACAAUCAGUAUGAAAACUUCCGACACCUGCGUAAGCUGCGUUUUAUAGAUUGUAUCCCAAUGACAGACAAGUCACUCAGCCAAUACAUAGCUAGUCCUGUCUUGGAGGAAUUGUUAAUCUGCUUCAAUGUUCAAGUUACUGGGCAAUGUUUCACAAACAUUCAAUCAGCAAAUUUUAAAGCCCUUGUUUUUAAAUAUUGCAAAGCUUUGGCAUGUCAGCUUUUGGCUUUGGCCAAAGAGCACUUUAGUGAAUUGACAAAGCUGGUGCUUGAAGGUAUUAACGCUGUUAAUAUAGAAGGUGAUUUCGAUGAAAAAGAUGAACCGUUUGGUGACAUAGUGUUAGUGCUAGACAAGACAAAAAAGUUAGAAUAUUUGUCUACAUGGGAAUUCGGGAGGUACCUCGACAAUUUCUUUGAGUCGGUAUGCCAACUAAGCUGCUUGAAAGAGCUUGAGAUAGACACCUAUGCAACUGAUGAGAAUAUUGUGGAAGUGACUCGGCGCUGCCAACAGUUACGAGUGCUGAAGUACCAGGCCUGUGGAGGUAAUGUGUGAAAGCCUCAGAUCACAUGUUUGAUGACCUCGGCUCCGCCUUGGCCGUCGAAUUACAUAUGAUCUGAGACUAUUCUUUACCUAUAUUUCUUUUCGUACAGAAAUAAUUUAUACAGAAGUACCUAUUGAUUCUAAUAUAUACUUUAUACUACCUAAGUACACCAGGGUUGCAAAAAUCCGGUAUUUUUCUAGCUUGAAAAAAAAAACAGUUUUUUUUGGAGUGUUUUUUUUUCUAAAGUACGAAAUCUCAAAAAUUUAUAUUUCUGUUAGCUAUUAAACGAAUUUAAAUUAACAACUUUAAUUUCUGGUUUUAUAAAACUAUCACUUCCGAAAUAUGUAGUUAGUCGCUAUUUACUGUUGGCAACACCACCGCCUCUCCACGCU